GCCCCGCCCAGGCUGUGGCCAUUCCCCGCCUCCCUUAUUCUGAACUGCUUCUCUCUGAGCUGAGGCGGCGUUUUCUGAGCCUGCUGCGGUCUAGGUAGUGUUCCGGUCCGGCCACGAGAGACUGUGUAGCCCCGGCGCCGCGGGCAAUGGUGCGGCGGAGCGCGCGGACGCGGGCGGCCCUGCGGCGGGCAUGAAGGAGGAUGGAAGGGCAGGACGAGGUGUCGGCGCGGGAGCAGCACUUCCACAGCCAAGUGCGAGAGUCCACGAUAUGUUUUCUUCUUUUUGCCAUUCUCUACGUCCUUUCUUACUUCAUCAUUACAAGAUACAAGAGAAAAUCAGAUGAACAAGAAGAUGAGGAUGCUGUAGUCAACAGGAUAUCGUUGUUUCUGAGCACCUUUACUCUAGCGGUUUCAGCUGGUGCUGUUUUGCUUUUGCCCUUCUCCAUCAUCAGCAAUGAGAUCCUGCUUGCUUUUCCUCAAAACUACUACAUUCAGUGGUUGAAUGGCUCCUUGAUCCAUGGUUUGUGGAAUCUUGCGUCUUUAUUUUCCAACCUUUGUUUAUUUGUGUUGAUGCCCUUUGCCUUUUUCUUUCUGGAAUCAGAAGGUUUUGCAGGCCUGAAAAAGGGAAUCCGAGCCCGCAUUUUGGAAACUCUGGUCAUGCUGCUGCUGCUUGCGUUGCUGAUUCUUGGGAUAGUGUGGGUGGCUUCCGCCCUGAUUGACAGUGAUGCUGCCAGUAUGGAGUCUUUAUAUGAUCUCUGGGAAUUCUACCUGCCCUAUUUGUAUUCUUGCAUUUCACUGAUGGGAUGCUUGCUGCUUCUCUUGUGUACCCCAGUUGGCCUGUCCCGUAUGUUCACAGUGAUGGGCCAGUUGCUGGUGAAGCCUGCGAUUCUUGAAGACCUGGAUGAACAAAUUUAUAUGAUUACUCUAGAAGAAGAAGCGCUCCAGAGAAGACUACACGGGCUGUCUUCAUCGGCGGAAUAUAAUAUAAUGGAAUUGGAGCAAGAACUUGAGAAUGUAAAGACCCUUAAGACAAAAUUAGAGAGGCGGAAAAAAGCUUCAGCAUGGGAGAGAAAUUUGGUGUAUCCUGCUGUUAUGGUUCUCCUCCUUAUUGAAACAUCCAUUUCAGUCCUCCUGGUGGCGUGUAAUAUUCUUUGCCUGCUGGUUGAUGAGACUGCAAUGCCAAAGGGAACAAGGGGCCCUGGCAUAGGAAGCGCCUCUCUCUCCACUUUUGGCUUUGUGGGAGCUGCACUUGAAAUCAUUCUGAUUUUCUAUCUCAUGGUAUCUUCUGUUGUUGGUUUCUAUAGCCUCAGAGUUUUUGGAAACUUUACACCCAAGAAGGAUGACACAACCAUGACAAAGAUCAUUGGGAAUUGUGUGUCAAUUUUAGUCUUGAGCUCUGCUUUGCCUGUGAUGUCAAGAACACUGGGGAUCACUAGAUUUGAUCUACUUGGAGACUUUGGAAGAUUUAAUUGGCUGGGAAAUUUCUAUAUUGUAUUAUCCUACAAUUUACUCUUUGCUAUUGUGACAACGUUGUGUUUGAUCAGGAAAUUCACAUCAGCUGUACGAGAAGAACUUUUCAAGGCCCUAGGACUUCACAAACUUCACUUGUCUGAUACCUCAAGGGAUUCAGAAACUACAAAGCCUUCUGCAAACGGGCAUCAGAAAGCACUGUGAGACCUGACUGCCUCAGUAGCACUCUAUAGCAAGACCUGACAACUCCAGAUCCAUGACAUUCCCAUAGACACUGGUCACUCUGGUGGGCCUGGGCCAACCCGCCAGUGCCCCUUCUCAUAAGCACUGACAACUUGGCACUGCUUAUCUGUGUCUCCUUUGAGUUUCCUGAUUGACUUUAUAGCUUUUGGUUAAACCUGAGUCCUAGAGACUGAGGAAAAGCUGUGUGUCUACAGCAGGAGCCAUCAGGAUGCGAGGUGUAAUGUGCCAAGAGGCAGACUUGGACUUCUUACGUUUUGAGAAGUUUGGUUCUGCAGGCAGAAGCCCGCCUGAAAGUCAUCUGGUACCCAAAGCAUCUCAGGUGGUCAGAAACUGCUGUACUAGUAACAAACUAACUACAUUUUUUAUUUCCUUAAAAAAAACCAAAAGCAGAUUUUCUGAUUCAUGUUACAGAAUCUUCAUUAGACUUUGAGCCAGUGGAAAAUACUAGAUUCUUUUCACACCUGAGCCUUGGUGGGCAGCCCCAGGACUGUCUUUGUGGUAAGCUGCAGUCUGAAGCAUGUGAUUGUAGAUUUGAACAGUGUAUGUCUGUGUACCUGAUAAUACUUUUCCUAGCACAGUGCCAGUGUUGUACACAUGUGUAACUUAGACUUUGCCUUAUAGGCUGUAUGUACAUUCACUUUUUAAAACCCUUUUUCAAAAACUACUCCACUCUGUGCUUGUUGUGCCUGUGAAACCCAAAGAUAGAAAUUGCUGCUGCUGCUUCGUGUCCCUCAGGCCUUGGUGACUUUCAUAUACACCACCUUAAGUCUCCACCUCAGGAAGGUUACCAGUGUGAUACCUGGAACUUAAAGGUUGGGUUCUCCACGAAAGGGCAGGUGAAGUGUAAUAUGAGUCCUUAACUAUUCAGUUGUUUAGUUUAAUUGUUAACAGAGAUGGUUUUUCAACUCCUGAGUCUACUGAUUAAAAAGAAAUGAGCACAUGCUGCUGUUGUUUCUAGGUAGCACAUAUUUCACAGGAAUAUAGUGAUGCUCACAUGCAGUGUAUGGAUGACAGAACAGGCUUUGUGUUCAGAAAAAAAAGUAAAGCAUUUUUUUUUCAAAU